UUUACCUUUACAAUUAGACCACCUGACUUGUAUAUUAUCUCAGUCUUAUGUUUGUGUAGCCAGAGGCAUAGGUAUGGACACAACGAUUUUGCACACCUUUCCUUUUAACAAUGACAUUGCCUCAGAUAGCCCAUAGGGAGGCUAUUAUAGUAAUUUCUUGGACAGUAAAAUAAACAUUUAUUAUAGCUGUGUGUAUCACAAGGGAUAAACAUGGUAAAAAAAAGAUAGUGUUUGUGUAAAAGAUUUUUUGUGGAUGGUGAAUCUACCAUAUAUAUGUACAAUAGAACUCUUUGCUAUGCAGACUUAAACUUGAAUGAAUGGCACAGUUCAGCAGUAAAUGGAAGUUUGACUACACCCACACUCCAACUCUCCCAUUGACCGUGGUAAACAAGGAGAGGAGGAGAAACGAUGAGCGGGGCAGAACACCAUGCAGUUGUUGACAGAGGAUUAAAAAUGAAAAUAAAACGCAAAAAUGUAAAUGCUACAAAGAAUGAUGGUAAACACGAAAUUGUUAAAGGAGCUGAAAAAAUGUCUACAAACGAAUCUAAUAGUAACAGUGCAAACGGAACUCAAAUGGACAAAGUGAAACAGAAUACAUCUGGUGACAAGUCACCCAAGGUCAAGGGGAUACAUAAAAAGGAAAAGAUAAAAGAAAGAGUCCAGAAGGGAUCGGACAUGUCUUCAGUGAGUACUACUCUUGAUGCUGCAUUUUCUCAAGUCUCGCUGGAUUCUAAACCGGCUGCCGAUUCCAGUAAAACAGAUGACCCAUAUGAUUUUGAUGCCAAAGAAGAUGAAGGCAUUGGCUUUCCCUUAAAAAAAGUCAAAGUUGAAAAGAAUGACUCAUCUACCUCAAUCUCACAAAGCCAUGUGGGGACGGAUGCUUGUAGCAUUGGUGUGGCUACAGAUCCCGACUGUCUUGGACCAUGUGAACCAGGGACUAAUGUCCUCUUGGAAGGCAUUGUAUGGCAGGAGACAGAAAACGGAGUAUUAGUAGUGAAUGUAACUUGGCGAGACAAGACCUAUGUUGGUACUCUUUUGGAUGCUACUAAACAUGAAUGGGCACCACCAAGGUUUAAUUGUGAUUCACCUGUUAGUGAUAUGGAUGCUAGAACACCAAAAGGAAGAGCUAAACGAGGGAGAGGUUCAAACAGUACACCAGUUAUUGAGAAAGGCCUGGAAGGAAGAACUUUACGUAAAGGACGAAAGGGGAGUAAUACCUUUACUGCUCCUUCUAGUCCAGCUAAGUCUGAUAUAUCUGUGUCAUCUGUUGGAUUAAAACGUAAAGGAAGACCUGUAGAAAUGGAGAAUGCCGUUAAUGAUAAUGCCAAAGUAAAACGUAGCCGUUCAUGUUCUCGUGGAACUCCUGGAGACGGUAGUGAAAGUCCUGUGCCAAAUUUUAUUGAAUGUCCCGAGCCAAAUUGUAAGAAAAAGUACCGUCACAUGAAUGGAUUAAGAUAUCACCAAUCUCACGCCCAUAGCGCCGUUGGUUUAGAGGGCGAUGAAGAAUCACGUGAUAUGGAUAAUACUGAAGAUUCUAUGCUGGAAGAUAUGGAUAGCAAUAUGGGAGAGAGCGGUGAGAAUAGCUCAAACAAUCUCAAGAUUGAUUUAGAUAGUGUUGAUGAGAUGGACAAUAAGAAAGGGGACAGUAAUGAUUCUGAUAAAAUUGACAUUGUUAAUGUUGUGAAACCUACAGUAAAACCUACUGCAGAAGUUACCAAAAUGGAUAUUGAUGAAUCUUUAAAGAAAGAGAAUUCAAUUUCAACAAAUUCACCUAGUUGUACUGUGACAAAGCCUACAAUUGGGGCAGGGCAUUCUUUCCAUGCAGUAAUAUCUAGUUCUAAAGUUAAAUCAGAAAUAAAUCUGUCUUCUGUUCCAACCACUGUGGUACCUACACCUACUACUGUUAAUCCACCUGUUGUGAAUGUUACACCAGUUUCUUCUAGUCCAAUGCAAUCAUCUAGACCUAUUACAUUCGCUGCCAUUACUACAAACUCACAAUCAAAUGAACUUUCAUCAGGGAAGACUGAAAAAUUGAUAAAACCGAAAGUGAUGGGUAGGCCAAUAGCACCUUCAAAUAUGAUUGCCUUAACAACUAAUGUGACAGUGACGCAUACAAAUUUAGCUCCGGUUACCACACAUACACAUGUAUCAAGUACGACACAGUUUCAACCGAUUCAGCCAAAACCAACAGUGUUGGGUGAUUCGGCUGCUGUUAAUCAGCAUCUGAUAGGGCUAAAGGAGUUAAAAGAAAAGAAAAUGAAACAUAAGAAGAAAUUAAAAGAUAAGGACGCAAAUGGAGCGUUACCAAAUAUUGCAGCUGCAAAAUUAAUGAAGCCUGACAAUAAGAAAAGUGAAACAAGCAGUGUGAUAAAAGUAGCACCAAUAAUGGCAAAACCUCUGGAAUCUAUUAAAAAGGAGGUCAUGCCAAUAAGUAAGCCAUUGGAUUUUGAUAAAGAAAAACCCGGAGCAUUAAUAGACAAAAGUUGUUAUCCACCAAAUGUUGGUGUUAUUACGGGACAAGUGCAGCCGCAACCAAAAGUUGUUGAUCUCAGUCAUACUCCACGAACUGAAGCAAGUGUUCUGAAAGUAACGCCAACGUUACAAGUCAUUACUAAUGAAAGCAAUAAAUCAAAUAUAAAUGAUGAUGUGCAGAGCCCAGCUUAUUCUGACAUUUCUGAUGCAAAUGAGGCUGGUUCACCGGCACAAAGUGCUAGUCCACAAAUUACCGAUGAGAAAAUCGUCAAACUCAAAGAUUCACAAGGUGCUACCCCAGGCGUGAGCCUGGACAAUCAACCUUUAAAUCAAUACGGAAUUCCGUAUGGGAAUUAUUACAAUCAAUCACAAUACCUCUUGUCACCUGCAGCUCAAGGAUCACCUGGAUCAAACAUUCAAAAGAUUCCGACAAAUCCAAGUGUUAAAGAUAGGAGCACUCCAUCAGAACAUUUAAAAAUUGUUGGAGGUGCUGAAAAUAAAUCAAAAAUAGACGAAUCAAAAAACGAUAAAACAGGUGAAAAUAUCGGUGAUAAAGUCGAUCGUUCAUCACAGCAGUUAUCUCAACAUGAACUUCAACAAUUACAACAUCAGCAAUGGGUUAAACAGCAAAUGUAUGCACUACAGAGUCUACCCCCUCAGCAGCAAUAUCAGUAUAUGGCAGCCUAUGGACCUUAUUUAGAUCCCAAUUAUCAUAUGCAUAUGAUGGCUAAUGACCCAUUAUAUCGGCAGCAUUUUGAGAAAAUGAUUGAUGAACAACAGAAGAGAAUGCAUCAGGAGGGUGUUCCUAUUGAUCUUGAGUCUCCGCGUGCACUUAGUCGAUCAUCCACUACUGACAUAUCUCUGGCUAGUGGCCCGUGGCCAGGUGGUGACGCAUUUAAAAAUAAACCACAUAAUUUCUCUAGUGAAUAUUCUGGUGGAUUCCCUCAUACAGAUACUAAACGUAUCAAUGAGUCAGAAAAAGACCAAAAGUCAGUGCGUGAUCGGCAACAAAAUGACAAUCGGCAGCAAAGUUCUAAAGAAAUUGAUGUUAAACCAAAUAUUGAUAAAAUUCGCUUUGAGCAGCAAAACCCUGAAGGAAUGAAAGGACAAAAGGAGGGAAAAAUGAGUGAGGAACAAGCUAGGAGAAUGCAAAUGUACAAAGAACAAAAGCAUAUAGAACAUCAAAAGAGGAUUGAGCAAAAGAAAGGUAGUGACAAUCGAUUUGACCCUCGUCCAGUGGAUUUAGUAGGCAAUAAGUCAAGUAAUAAUAGUCCCUUCUCUUCAGAAAAAUCAAAAGACUUUCCACAAGGUCUAGUGCCAAAUGUAACUAUUAAACAAGAACCUUUCAGUAAACUAAAAGAUCGGAGCGAUUCAGCUCCAGAUUUAAGUAUGUCUUCUAAAAGUGCUAGUGAAGAAAGAACAAGAACUCCUUCAUCGGAGAAAGUUAAAAAUAUAGAUGAAAGAUCAAUGGACAAAAGUGAUAAAUUCAAGAAUUAUGAAGGAUCAUUUGAUAAACUAAAAAAUUCAGAGACACCUUCAGACAAAAAUAGGAGUAGUAGUGUAGAUACUCCAAAAUCCAAAAUCGGCCAAUAUUCCAAACCCUCCAGUCCUCACACAUCACUAUCACAGUCUCCUGGAUCUCAUUACUCCCCCUACCUCUAUCACAGUCAGUUUGUUCAGUCCCCACCAACCUCAUACGGACAUAUCCCAUACGAUCCAUAUCGUAACAUGGUUUAUCCUACAAAUUAUAUCCAUCCAUCACAAAUGAACAGCUAUCCAGGUGACAAUGAAAAACAAAAGAUGGUCCCCAUAUCUAAAGCUGGACCUAUUGAAAUGGAUUUAAAGAAGUCUGAUAUAACAACACAAGCAAACACUAGUGCCAGUCAUAAAAUUCAUGAAUUACAAGAGAAAGGGAAAGCGGGAUCUCGUUCAGCUUCACCUGUGACAACUAACAUGACUAAGAGUGAUAAACCGAUUUCAUUACCGUUAUCUGUGGGUGAUAAACUGAGAGACUCUAGUUCACCACCAACACAGAGACAUGUUCACACACAUCAUCAUACCCAUGUACUAGAGGCAGCAUAUCCAGUAUAUCAUUAUCCAUCAAUUUAUCCAACACCACCUUCACAGACACAAGUACCACCAGGAAACUCUAUCCAACAUCCUCAAUAUCCACCAUAAUCCACAGUUAUCUCCCUGUCAUGUCAUGUGUUAUCUCCCCUGUCAUGUCAUGUGACUCACUUGUUAGGUUGUGUGUCUAUGCAAAAUUAUGUUCAGCUAGUAGAAGCA